AUGCUUCCGAUUCCUUGUAUCUCUUUUGAAUCAAACCCUAAAUACACCUUCUUUCUGGUUUUUCAAUUUAAUUUCACUCCGCAGUUGGAUGAGACGAAUUAUCUUGCUUGGGCUUGUGCGAUGCGACGCGCGUUGGGAAGCAAGAACAAGUUUUAUUUUGUCGAUGGUACGAUUCCUGUUCCAUCAUUCACUGAUCUCAAUCAUCAUGCUUGGGAAUGCUGUAAUAAUCUCAUCCAUUCUUGGAUCAGCAAUUCUGUAAAUUCUCACAUUGCACAUUCUAUAGUGUUCAUAGAAAAUGUGCCUGAUGUAUGGAAUGAAUUAAAAGAGAGAUUUUCUAAAGCUGAUAGAAUUAGGGUAUCAAAACUGAGAUCUGAUAUCAAUAAUCCCAAACAAAGAUCUCUCUCAAUUUCUAAAUACUUUACCUCUCUCAAAUUUCUUUGGGAUGAACUGGAUAGUUAUCGUCCAAUUCCUAUUUGCACAUGCCCUCUUCAGUGUGUUUAUUUGUCUAUGAGAAAUGCUCGUGAUUUUCGUUUUGAAGAUCAGAUUAUGCAGUUUCUUACAGGUCUAAAUGACCAAUUCUCCAUAGUACAAACCCAGAUUCUCCUUAUGGAGCCUCUUCCUACCCUGAACCGUGUAUAUUCUCUAGUUUUGCAAGAAGAGAGCAAGACUAAUCUUGAGGUUUUAGAUGAAUCCAAGGGUCUUAUUCAUGUAGCUGCAUCUAAGAAACAUUUUGGUAGAGGAAAGGGAAGUUUUUCAGGAAAAAGGCAGUGCAAUUUUUGUGGGAAAGAAAAUCAUACAAUUGAUAUGUGCUACAAAAAGGAUGGUUUUCCUCCACAUUUUGGGAAAAGAUCCAAUGCUUCUGUUAACAAUAUUACUACAUAUGAAAAUGAAGACAAUGUGACUGCUAAUCUUGAAGUGUCACAAGGUUCCACAUCUCAUUCAGGUCCUAUUCUUACUCAAGAACAAUAUGACAUCUUUGUGUCUUUGGUUCAGCAAAUUAAUGCUAACAACAAUCAGCAAAAGGGUAAGCAAGUUGUCACAAAUCACGUCAAAACUCUAGCUCAUAAUGGCCAUUUGCCUAAUGAAGCGUCCAAUACAGAUUCAGGAGCUAAUGACCACAGUUGUUCUUCUCUCAUGUGGUUUUCUACAUAUUACAAGAUAAAGCCUAAAGGAGUUGAGUUACCCAAUGGAAAUUUAAUCACUGCAAAAUAUGCAGGGAAUGAUUUGCAUUCCAAGAGGAUGAUUGGUUUGGGUGAUCAGGUUGAAGGAUUGUACUUGCUUGAAGUGGAUGCUGCUCAUAGGAAGUCUCUCACCGUGUAUACUAAUUGCAUGGUGCAAAACUACUUUCCUUGGACUCCUUCCCCUGUUUUGCCUCCUUGUUAUGGAAUAUUUGGUCAUACUGGUCAACUAGAUAACACUAGGCAUAACAAAGAACUUGAAAUCCAAGCUAGAAGUUUGAAGGACAUUCUCGAUAGGCUUGCCUCAAAAGCAAAUUCUCUUUGUACUCACAAUAAAAUGCUAGAGAUUCAAAUCCCUCAUGUAGGCCAUCAAGUAGCCUCUCCCUCCCAAACCUCCGGAAUCCUUCCGAGCCAACCUAAGGCUAACCCAAAGGGUCAACCGAAUGAUGUUACACUUAGGGAUGUUGAACAAUUAGAGGACCCCGUUGUGGAAACCAAGACUAAUGAAGUUGAGGAAGAGAGUGAAAAGCCACAAAGUGAGAAAGUUGUGAUAGAGUGA